AUGGCUCUUCAGUGCCUUCUGCUAAGUGUCCAUCCGGCACCACACAGUGUAGAUGGACCAUCGUAUUCCUCUUAUCCUGAGGAACCUCAGACUGUGAGGAACGGUGCCGUCCUACCAACAGAUAAGAGCUUUUCCUGUACUGAGUGCGGGAAGAGUUUCCCUUUUAAAUCCAACCUUAAUUUACAUAUAAGAUCCCACACGGGGGAGAAGCCGUAUUCCUGUCCAGAGUGCGGGAAAUGUUUUUCACAGAAGUUCUAUCUUUACACACAUCAGAGAUCUCACACCGGGGAGAAGCCCUAUACCUGUCCUGAGUGUGGGAAAUGUUUUUCAGUGAAGUCCAAUCUUGACACACAUCAGAGAUCUCACACGGGGCAGAAGCUGUAUUCCUGUCUUGAGUGCGGGAAAUGUUUUUCAGUGAAGUCCAGUCUUUACACACAUCAGAGAUGUCACACGGGGGAGAAGCCGUAUUCCUGUCCUGAGUGCGGGAAAUGUUUUUCACAGAAGUCUGAUCUUUCCAAACAUCAGAGAUCUCACACAGGCGAGAAACCGUAUUCCUGUCCUGAGUGCAGGAAAUAUUUUUCAGUGAAGUCCAAUCUUGACACACAUCAGAGAUCUCACACGGAGCAGAAGCCGUAUUCCUGUCCAGAGUGUGGGAAAUGUUUUUCACAGAAGUCCCUUCUUGACACACAUCAGAGGUCUCAUGCAGGGCAGAAGCCAUAUUCCUGUCCUGAGUGCGGGAAAUGUUUUUCACGGAAGUCCGAUCUUUCCAAACAUCAGAGAUGUCACACGGGGGAGAAACCGUAUUCCUGUCCUGAGUGCGGGAAAUGUUUUUCACAGAAGUCCCAUCUUGACACACAUCAGCGAUCUCACACAGGGCAGAAGCCAUAUUCCUGUCCUGAGUGCGGGAAAUGUUUUUCACAGAAGUCCUAUCUUUACACACAUCAGAGAUCUCAUACGGGGGAGAAGCCGCAUUCCUGUCCUGAGUGUGGGAAAUGUUUUUCAGUGAAGUCAAAUCUUAACACACAUCAGAGAUCUCACAUGGGGGAGAAGCCGUGUUCCUGUCCAGAGUGUGGGAAAUGUUUUUCACGGAAGUCCGAUCUUUCCAAACAUCAGAGAUCUCACACGGGGGAGAAGCCGUAUUCAUGUCCUGAGUGCGGGAAAUGUUUUUCUGUGAAGUCUCAUGUUUAUAGACAUCAGAUUUCCCACAUGGAGGAAAAGCCAUAUUCCUGCUCUGAGUGUGGGAAAUGUUUUUCACAGAAGUCCAAUCUUUACAGCCAUCAGAGAUUGCACACCAGAGAGGAGUCGUAUUCCUGCCCUGAAUGCGGGAAAUAUUUUUUAGACAAGUCCAGUAUUUACAGGCAUCAAAGAUCUCACACAGGGGAGAAGCCGUAUUCCUGUCCUGAGUGUGGGAAAUGUUUUUCACAGAAGUCCAAUCUUUACAGCCAUCAGAGAUUGCACACGGGGCAGAAAACGUAUUCCUGUCCUGAGUGCGGGAAAUGUUUUUCAGGAAAGUCCCAACUUUACACACAUCAGAGAUCUCACACGGGUGAGAAGCCAUAUUCUUGUCCUGAGUGCGGGAAAUGUUUUUCACGGAAGUCCCAUCUUUACACACAUCAUAGAUUACACACAGGGGAGAAGCCGUAUUCUUGUUCUGAAUGCGGUAAAUCUUUUUCAGACAAGUCUAGUCUUUACAGACAUCAGAGAUUACACACAGGGGAAAAGCCAUAUUCCUGUCCUGAGUGCGGGAAAUGUUUUUCACAGAAGUCCAGUCUUUACACACAUCAGAGAUCUCACACGGGGGAGAAGCCGUAUUCCUGUCCUGAGUGCGGGAAAUGUUUUUCAAAGAAGUCCAGUCUUUUCAAACAUCAGAAAUCUCACACAGGAGAGCAGCCAUCUCACAUGGGUGAGAAGCCGUAUUCCUGUCCUGAGUGCGGGAAAUGCUUUUCAGAUAAUUCCAAUCUUUAUAGACAUCAGAGAUCUCAUGCAGGGGAAAAGCCGUAUUCCUGUCCUGAGUGCAAGAAAUGUUUUUCAGACAAGUCUAAUCUCUACAGACAUCAGAGAUUGCACACUGGGGAAAAACACUACUCAUGUUCUGAAUGUGGGAAAUAUUUUAUGCAAAAAUUAGCACUUGUCACACAUCAGAUGCAUCACUCAGGGAUGAAGCCCUAUUCCUGUCCUGAGUGCGGGAAAUGUUUUAUAAGAAAGUACAGUCUUAACAAGCAUCAAAUAUCUCACAAGGGGGAGAAGCCAUUUUCCUGUUCUGUGUGUGGAAAAUGCUUUUCAGAGAAAUCCAGUCUUUACAGACAUCAGAGAUCUCACACAGGGGAGAAGCCGUAUUCCUGUCCUGAGUGCGGGAAAUGUUUUUCAGAUAAGUCCAAUCUUUCCAGACAUCAGAGAUCUCACACAGGGGAGAAGCCGUAUUCCUGUUCUGUGUGUGGAAAAUGUUUUACACAGACAUCCAGUCUUCACACACAUCAGAAAUCUCACACGGGGGAGAAUCCAUAUUCCUGUCCUGAGUGAGGGGAUUUUUCCUCACUGAAGUCCUG